UAGGGAAACGAUCUUUUUCCGAGAGAUGUUCCUCUUGCAGAAGAUUACAGUACACGAGAUAAAAGUUACACAGAGUAGAUGUUGAGCAGUUGGGUAGUUGAGUAAACAAUAUUCAUUCUUACAGGUCACUAAAUCAUCCUGGAGGUAAUAAGAGGAUGGUUAGUUUCAGUCUAUUUCAGUUUUCACACUACAGCAAUUGACCUUUGUGAUAUGAUCCCAGACAACGCAGCAAUCGAGCUGCUGAUAUUUCAAUCUUAACUCAAUUAUCCGAGAAAGAGAUAAAUAGUAAAGAAAAAAAGCCCCUCGUCAACCUUUUGUGUUAACGCUGAAAACUACAAAAACAUUAAAUUUACAGCAGUUCCGGCACUGAUGUAGAAAUACCAGGUGGAACUGAGCAGAACCUCGAAAGUGGACACUACACCCGUGUUCCCCUGUCCAAUCGAAUGGACCAGCAACUAAAAGGAGCAAAUCCACGGUACCGGGUACGUGACAACGAACCAAGCUUACUGCAAGCGGAGAAUGGUCAGGAGCCCACACAAUAUCCCAUUCAAAAUGUUGUGCGCUCCUCACAUACCCAGAAAAGCUAUAUUUCGCGAUCGUAUAGUACAUACGAUAAUGUAAGUCUUGAAACGGAGGAGGAUCCAGCUAUGCCAGGACAUAUGCAAACAGAUGCGGUAACCGAACCGGCGAAUGAGUCUGAGGCCACAACGCAUCUUCUGGCUUGUGAUAACGCGGAUUACGGCACCACGAACAACUGCGAAACGAGUGAAGUAGUUGACACCAGCGUCUGGGAUUCUAAUACAAGUGGGCAACAUACGGAACCAGAUUAAAGCUUCACAAUAUAGCUGACCAGUGGGCCGAAAUCAACGUGCAAUCAAUGUACUCUCUCAAGCUCUUUCAUUUACUUCUAUGUUUUGAGAGGUUGACUGCGAUCCCGUAUGCCUACUUUUGUUUCGCUUUCCUUAUCAUUCUUGGGAAAAACGGAUAAAACGGCAGAUCAUAGAACAUUCAAAGAGCACAAUCAGUGAAGUUUCUUCGGUGAUCUGUCAAUUUUCCUUUCGUAUAUAAACUGCUGCAAACCACGCUCCAUAUCUGUAAUGGCAGUCGACUAAACCGGUUGUCAUACAUAUCACCGGUUAUUGUCAUGUACUUUCAAAAGAGACAGACGUACUGUACAUAGAUAUCUAUCGAAUGAAAGUGAGAGCGGUGAGGA